AUGGGUAAUAAAGGUACCCAUAAUAAAGCUGAUUUUAUGAAGAGUUGCACCUUGAAAGCACCUGACUUCAAAAAGUGUAAUCUCGAAUCUAUACAAGGGCUGUUCAGCAAACUUGCUACAGGGAUUGCUGAGAUUGAUGUUCCUGCUGCAGACCCUUUGCAUAUUGAUAAGUUACGUAUUUUGCAGGGACAAGGACCAGUCAGCGUUAAUGCAAGUUUGGAAAAUGUGGUCAUAACUGGAUUUUCUAAAACCAAAAUUGUUGAAAAUAGAGUGAAUCUGAAGAAUUUUCACUUUUACACUUUAAUGAAAAUCCCCAAGUUGCGAAUUGAAGGUACAUAUGACCUAAAGGGCCGAAUUCUGUUGGUGCCGCUCAUUGGCAAUGGAAAAUGCUGGUUUGAACCAACCGAUCUUGAUAUUGAAAUGCGAAACGAAGUAAAUAUCUACAAAAGGGACAAUUACCACUUUUUCAACGUGACUGCAUCUAAAGUACGUUUCAAUGUAGGAGGUUUGACUUUGAAUUUGAACAAUUUAUUUGAUGGACUCAAAGCAUUAGAACAAAGUACCAACGCCUAUUUGAACGCCAAUUGGCGUCCAGUAUCGGAGAGUUUGCGUCCAAUUUUGUCACAAGCUAUUGAAGACAUAUUGGUAGUGCUAGCAAGACAAGUUUUCCACGGAGUACCGGCAGAAUUUUUCUUUGAUGACUUUGAAGAUUAUUUGACACCAAAUUUAUUGGUCAGUCAGUAUAAGGAACGAUAA